AGGAAUCUUGGUGACCCAAACUAUGCAACAAGAAAAUCAACUUGCAUUCAACUUUUCAUAGCUAUUCCAACUUGGUUGGGUCUCUUAAAGGCAAAAGAGCUCACAUAUUUUUGUAUCCUUAACAAAUCUUGCCGUAAUGUUGUUUCUUUUGUUCAGAUUAUGGUUUUAAUGUUUAAUCAAAGCUUGUACAAGUGUAACGUAGUAUACACAUAACGUAAUCAUGAUCAAAGAAGGGCAAGAAUCAUAUGAGACCAAAAAAAUAAUGACAAGCCAAGGCAAUGGGAAAGGAAAACAAAUUCAGAAAACUGAAAUGAAGAUGAAGAAGAGCAGAUGAUGGAGAAGAGAAUCAGAUUGACCAUAACAGUGGAUCGAGCUUGUCAGUCGUUUUUCGUGCCAUAUAGAUAUGAUGAGAAUCAAAGAGGGGUAUACAACGUGAUGAUUUUGAAGGGUAUAGUUGUCAUUCUUCUUACUGUAGAUUCUGAUUGAGGGGUAGGUAAUUUGAUUUCGCUGUAGAAAUUGAUUGGUUUUGGGAAAUAUUCAAUCCAAGGAUAGUGUCGAGCAACCAUGGAUUUGUGUUUUCAAAAUCCCGUAAAGUGUGGUGAUCGUUUGUUCUCCGCAUUGAAUACCUCUACGUAUUACAAGCUGGGUACUUCGAAUUUAGGGUUUAAUGGUCCAGUUUUAGAGAAUCGGAAGAAGAAGAAGAAGCUGCCUCGUAUGGUUACAGUGAAAUCCGUUUCUUCAAGUGUGGUUGCUAGUACCGUACAAGGGACGAAGAGAGAUGGAGGAGAGAGUCUGUACGACGCCAUUGUUAUCGGUUCUGGGAUUGGUGGAUUAGUUGCUGCGACUCAGCUAGCUGUGAAAGAAGCUAGGGUUUUAGUUCUUGAGAAGUAUUUGAUUCCUGGUGGCAGCUCUGGUUUUUACGAGAGAGAUGGAUAUACUUUUGAUGUUGGCUCUUCUGUCAUGUUUGGUUUCAGCGAUAAGGGGAACCUAAACUUGAUAACUCAGGCAUUGAAGGCAGUUGGUCGUAAGAUGGAGGUUAUACCUGAUCCUACCACUGUCCAUUUCCAUCUCCCCAAUAAUCUUUCUGUUCGGAUUCAUAGGGAAUACGAUGAUUUCAUCGCUGAGCUUACGAGCAAGUUUCCUCACGAAAAGGAAGGGAUCCUUGGAUUCUAUGGUGACUGUUGGAAGAUCUUCAACUCAUUGAACUCCCUGGAACUAAAGUCACUAGAAGAGCCUAUCUACCUUUUUGGACAGUUCUUUCAGAAGCCGCUUGAAUGCUUGACACUCGCUUAUUACUUGCCCCAAAAUGCUGGGGCUAUAGCUCGGAAGUACAUAAAGGAUCCUCAAUUAUUGUCUUUCAUUGAUGCAGAGUGUUUCAUUGUGAGCACAGUCAAUGCUUUGCAGACGCCAAUGAUCAAUGCAAGUAUGGUUUUAUGUGACAGGCACUAUGGAGGAAUUAACUACCCGGUUGGUGGAGUUGGUGGGAUUGCCAAGUCUUUGGCAGAAGGGCUUGUUGAUCAAGGCAGUGAAAUACAAUACAAGGCUAAUGUAAAAAGUAUAAUACUUGAUCAUGGAAAGGCAGUUGGUGUAAGGCUAGCAGAUGGAAGAGAAUUUUUCGCUAAGACGAUAAUUUCAAAUGCUACAAGAUGGGAUACGUUUGGGAAGCUGUUAAAAGGAGAAAAGCUUCCUAAAGAAGAAGAAAAUUUCCAGAAAGUGUACGUCAAGGCUCCAUCAUUUCUUUCAAUUCACAUGGGUGUUAAAGCAGAGGUUCUCCCUCCAGAUACAGAUUGCCAUCAUUUUGUGCUCGAGGACGAUUGGAAGAAUCUGGAGGAGCCUUAUGGCAGUAUUUUCCUCAGCAUUCCAACCAUUCUUGAUUCAUCUUUGGCUCCAGAUGGUCGACAUAUACUUCACAUAUUUACAACUUCGUCCAUUGAGGAUUGGGAGGGACUCCCUCCAAAAGAGUAUGAGGCGAAAAAGGAAGAUGUGGCAGCUAGAAUAAUCCAGAGACUAGAGAAAAAAUUGUUUCCAGGGCUCAGUUCAUCUAUUACGUUCAAGGAGGUGGGAACACCAAGAACACACAGACGAUUUCUUGCGAGGGAUAAGGGAACUUAUGGGCCAAUGCCUAGAGGAACCCCGAAAGGUUUAUUAGGCAUGCCAUUCAAUACAACGGCUAUAGAUGGUCUAUACUGCGUGGGGGAUAGUUGUUUUCCUGGCCAGGGAGUUAUAGCUGUGGCUUUUUCAGGAGUGAUGUGUGCUCAUCGGGUAGCUGCUGAUAUUGGGCUUGAGAAGAAAUCACGAGUACUUGAUGUUGGCCUUCUUGGUUUACUUGGUUGGCUAAGGACACUCGCAUAGAUCCAAUACAUUAUUUCCUUUUCUUCUUUAUUAUGUUAAUUUCUAUUGUUUUACUAUUUCUUCAUAGAAUUUUACUUUUCUUUAUUUUCUUAUUUCCUCGUUUACUUUUUUCUAGUUCUAUAUAAAGAAGACCUUCUUGUAAGAAAUACAUCUCAUAAUAAUUUUCUUAAGAAGCAUAGAGUUUUUCUCUCUUCUACUG